AUGAGUUUCCUGGGUUCGUUGGCAUUGACUGGCAUUGGUGCAGCAGUUUAUAAAUAUGACAAAGAUCAGAAAUUCGAAAAGCAUCCCAAUAUUCAAGUUCCAUUUGAAGAUUAUAGACAAAAAGUUUAUACAAAAGAAUAUAAAUUAAUGAAAAAUAGAGUACACAUUUUAUUCAAAAAUUUUCUUUCAGAAUUGUUUACGGGGAGCCCUGAAAAAUAUCCCUUCCAGGCAUUUACUGAACUAUCAAAAAAUAGAUCCGAUUAUUCAUUAACAGUUUUGACAGUGUUAACAAUUUAUCUUAUAAUGUUUUCACUCGUUCUUGGAUUCUAUUGGAUAUCAAUCACUCCCAUUUAUUCUGUAUUAUUUAUGGUUUUUGGACCUGUUGGAAUGGUCAUUACUGGGUUACAUUCGGUAUUACAUGCAAAUAUGUUCACUUUAUUAUUCAUGAGAAUGUCUCAUAUUAACAAUAAUUUGGUUAAUACUUGUUUGAAGAUUCAUACAAAGGAUGACCUAAAGAAUAGAAAAAAACCUAUAAAAUAUUAUGUACCAAUAAAUUCCCUCUAUUUUUGGAUUUAUCAACUUCCUGUAAAAGGCGUCAAAUAUAUCUUGGGUAUAAGUAUCUUAAUGAUUUUAUUAUCAAUUUCCUUCUUACCAGUUGUGGGCCCAAUUGCUUUCCAUUUCAUGAUUACUCCAUUUGUUACCAAGAUUUAUUUCUCUAAAUUCUUAAGAUUAAAAAGUUAUAGUAAUGUGGAAAGAUAUGAAAUAUUUUUCCAAAAAUUUGGAAUGUAUACAAGUUUUGGCAUGGCAGCCGUACUUUUGGAAAGUAUCCCCAUUGUCUCAGGAAUUGCAUUAUCAACAAAUACCAUUGGAAUUACGUUAUUAGGUUUACAAACUAAGAUUAAGACCAAGACAAUUGCUGAACCUCCUGAAGUGUCUUAA